AUGGCUGGCACAUAUGCGUCCACGUCGGAGCCGUCGCCGGACUCACAGAACGGUGUGGCAAAAGCCAUCCACAAAAGCUUUUCUUGUGUUCUCUGUGCCCAGAGAAAGGUCAAAUGCGAUCGAAUUCCUGGCGGCUGCGCGAAUUGCACAAAAGUACGUGUGCCUUGCGUCUACAAAGCACCUCCUCCGGCAAGGAGGCGGAAGAAGGGAGAGCGAGAAGUCGACAACACAGCUCGAUUGCGUAUCUACGAAGACACUCUACGUCAGCUAGGAGUUGAUCCUGAGGCUCUCGUGAAACAAGCAGUCACCGAAAGGCCAUUCGACCAGCGCAUCUCUGGAGACAAAGGCUUCUUCCCGCACCAACGAGAAGGCGAAUACAAUGUUGGUACUGAUGUUGGAGCUGGGUUACUAGUCUCAAAGGAGGGUAGAUCAAGAUAUCUCGAGAAUGGCGUUUGGACCAGUCUUCGGAGCGAGUUCCGCGACACAAAAGAGAUCCUAGACGACUCUUCUGACGAGGAAGAUGUGCGACGUAUCGGUCAACGUAUCGGGCUUCAUCGCGAUGGUGCGAAGCUUGGUUUGCCACCUUUCGAAGUCGAGAUGCGAAGGCGACUAUGGUGGCAGAUCAUGAUGCUUGAAGGAUAUUCGCAGAAACUAGCUGGUACAGGAAAUAACAGCGUUCUGCUUAUAGGUGACGUACUCGUACCGCGCAACGUCAACGACAGCGAUUUACACCCUGCAAUGGGAGAGGUUCCGAAAGAUGAACAAGGUGCUACUGAGAUGAUGUUCUUUCUGAUCAGGUGCCACGCAGCCGAAUUCCUCAGACGUUCUUCCGAUGCGAAAACUAGCUAUGACGGAGCGUGGCACAAGAUCACCACUAGCACAGUGCCUGUGGCGGCCAAGGAUGAAGCAAUCGACCAGCUGGAGCACUUUUUCCAGCACAAAUUCCUUCAGUACUGCGAUCCAGCCAUCGACUGGCAUUACAUUUGCAUCCGGCUCGCGAAAUCUGUCAUCUCCAUGAUGCGAUUCAUGGCACACAGUACCGGAUAUGAUGGGACGGUCAUGCCGCAAUCGGAGAAAGACAUGCUAUUCAAUCUUGUCUUGGAGGUCACUGCAACUCAAAACCUGGCAUACACCAGGGAGAAGGUGCAUGGUCUUGCUUGGCAUACGAACCUGCAGUUCCAGUGGAAGGCUUUUGUAUUCCUUGUCGCGCAACUGCGCCACCGUACCUCGGGUCCCAAAGUAGAGGAGGCUUGGAGGGAGGUCGAACACACGUUUGACUUCCAUCCGAUCUUCGAAGAACAGUUUGCCAAAAGAGCCUUACCGGUUGCUGUGAGCAAUCUCACACUCAAGGCUUGGGAGGCUCACCUAUCGGCCAGGGGCAGUGUGGACCAGGAACCUUACUUCAUCCAAUUAAUACGUCAGAGGUGCCCUGCCAUAAAGCACAUUCAAACUUUCCCAGUACAACCCCAAUCACAACCACAUCCGGGAAUGACUGGACAAGGAAUUGAAGGCAACGAACCCGUCGUCGAAAGUCACACUGGCCCCAGUGUUGGGUCGUUCCAAACCGACUGGAGCUUUACUCAGGCCCCAACCAAUGCCAAUCCCUUGCAUAGCCUGCCGGAGGCUAUGCCGCUUGACAUCCCCGAAAACAUUGACUGGACGGCUUGGGACAGUCUUUUUGUAAACUUCCAGGCGACCGAAAUGGAUGGACUGCCGCCACCUAUGCCGUCCUUCAAUUUCAGGAUGCAGUACUUCCUCACCUCCGGUGACUACUCUGACCUUGUGAUCACUUGCGGUUCCGACUCAUACAAUGUCCACAAGUUGGUGGUCUGCAGCCGCGCUGACUUCUUUGCUCGCGCUGUCAAGUUUGGUGGCAAGGCGAGUUCUCUGAGCAUAUGUAUCAGUAACAGCUCUGAUGUCGCGAAGGAAGCUACAGAGGGCAAGAUUGACCUCCCUGAAGAUGAGCCGAAAAUCAUCAAACUACUUAUUCAGUACCUGUACGAAGGAGAGUACGAGCCGCGUCUCUCUGACGCGUCGCCUAUCGCUACAGCACCCAGAGGCGACAUGUCGCACCGUGAGGUCGUGAGGACUGACAACUACAAUACUGGCUACGACCGGAAGUACGCAUAUAGCUUUCCUCAUACUUGCGACUCGAAUGGCCAUUGUACCAAGCUUUGUAUCUGUCCGCAUCACAUAUGCUGCAACGCUUGCGGUUACAGCUGCCGUGAUUUCAUCUGCGAUAAAUGCACCCGCUCAACGUUGCCGAAGACCUUUCCUGCCACUGGACCACCAGAGCAGCUCCUCAUCCACGCCAAGAUGUAUGAAAUCGCCGACAAAUACGACGUCGUCGGACUCAAAGACCUAGUGCUGGAAAAGUUCAAGCGCGCCUGUGUAUCUUUCUGGGACCACGACAUUUUCUCUAUCGCUGCGCACUACGCAUUCUCGACGACCAUGGAGAACGACAAAGGCUUAAGAGAUAUCGUCAGCGGCACCAUCUCAGAACAUAUGGAGCUCAUCCAAAAAGCGGAAAUCCAGACUUUGAUGACCGAGUUCAAUGGCUUGGCUCUGGGCAUCUUGCUGAUCAAGGCGGAUGAGCAUGGUUGGGUGAAGAAGUGA